AUGCCCAUUGAAUACGUUUACCGAUCAUCACGCCACAUAGCAAUCAGUCUGUUUAAGCGAUACAAGAUGGCUGUUGGCCGCGGAGGAGGUGACAACUUAAAAGAGUUUAUCCAUGCUGGGGUGAAUGCCCAUGCACUGGGCUGUACCGAUGAAGGAUUAAGAAAAGAACUUAAUGAUAUGAAGGAAUCUAGUGUUGAAAUAGAAGCAAUGCAAAAUUAUGGUGGAACGACUAACUUGAAAUCUAAAAUUAUCUCAGAAGAGGUUGAUGAGUGCAUUCUGUGGUUGAGUAUUAUAUUCAUCACCAUCUUGUGUACACCGCAGCCCACUAUUGUUAGAUGGUCAGCUACACCCUCAGUGUCAGAUGAAGUGAGGCUUCAGUGGAAAGGCUUUUGUGCUAUUAUAGCAAAUGCAUACUUUUUGAGGGGAAUGACAUGGCUUCCAGUAAAGACUCUUCAACUAGAGCAAAUGGCAGUAGAGGGACAAGCUGAGGAACCCUCAAUUGUUGCUAGCAGAAUGAGAUUAGUGUUUAGCACACUUGAGGUGGUGAGUCCCCAGUGGCCUAGUGUAUAG